AUGGCGAUGGCGAGGGCAAGCUCUGGCCUCGCAUACCCUGAGCGAUUCUAUGCAGCGUCAGCAUACGCUGGAUUUGAUGGAUCUAACAAUUCUACCAAUACAGUCUCUUCUAAAUUCCAAAACGACACCGCUUUGCUCCUCUACGCUUUGUACCAACAGGCGACAGUUGGACCGUGUAAUGUGCCGAAACCUAGUAGUUGGAAGGCCGUAGAACAAAGCAAAUGGAAAAGUACGAGGUUUUGUGAACUUGGAGCAAAUGAUGUGAAGAAAUUGGAAAUGAAACUUGGUGAUAUUGAAUUCUUGAAUUCCUUUCGGUUGGCUCUAUGGAUGUAUCCACCUCCAUGCAGUUUUGUUGAGGGCUGGCAGGGGCUUGGAAAUAUGGCUUCUGCAGAAGCUAUGCGUCUCUUUGUGAAAAUUUUGGAGGAAGAUGAUCCAAGUUGGUACUCUAGAGCAUCUAACUCUAUCUCAGAGUCUUUCACAGACACACAAGUGAAUUGGAAGGAAAAUGAUGAUGCUACAGACAACUACCCUUCUGAAGUAACAUUUCAGCUGCUAUCGUUAAGUACCACCACCUACCUCUAUCCAAGCCAUCCUGCUCCAUAUUCCAUUUCUACUGCCUUGCUACCUCAAUGUCAUCGUGUGCCGCAGGCAUCACCAACACCUCCACUCAACAACUUUCAAAUUGCACAACUAAUGCCACUUCUGCACUCACUUAAGCGGAUGCUUGUUUAUGCAUUUCUUGCUUGUAUGUGUAUGUGUGAGAUGCAUUACUCAAAAGACGAGCCUGCCAUCGAGAAUGGGAAUUCUUUCCCACAGACAAAGACCAUUUCUACUGAGAAUGGGACUCAUGUAGAAACACAGGAUAAAGAUGUUGUCUCAGAAGAUGUUGGUACAGUUGCUGUGUAUGAUCAAUGGAUUGCACCUCCAAUAACUGGCCAACCCCCAAAAGCCCGAUAUGAGGUGCUGGAUUUGAGAAGUUGGGCUUGGUCAAAGGUUAUUUUUAAGGUUGAGAAUGAGUCGCAGGAGGCACAGUCUCCAGCUAAGUUAACUCCUUGUGCUGGCCAUUCCUUGAUACCGUGGGAGAAUAAGCUUCUAUCAAUUGCUGGACAUACAAAGGAUCCUUCUGAAACUAUCCAGGUCAGGGUAUUUGAUCUUCAAUCUUGUACUUGGUCAACCUUAAAGACUUAUGGGAAAGCACCGGUCUCACGUGGAGGUCAAUCAGUUACCCGUGUCGGGACAAGCUUAGUGAUUUUUGGUGGACAAGAUGCAAAGAGAUCUCUCUUGAAUGAUCUGCAUAUUCUUGACCUAGAAACCAUGACCUGGGAUGAAAUUGAUGCCAUUGGGGUGCCUCCUUCGCCAAGAUCUGAUCAUGCUGCUGCAGUACAUGCCGAGCAUGGAAUGGACAAGACCUACACAACAGGGGAGAUACCAACUCCCCGGGCUGGACAUGCAGGUGUAACAGUUGGGGAGAAUUGGUUUAUUGUUGGUGGAGGCGACAACAAGUCUGGGGUCUCUGAAACUGCUGUCUUGAACAUGUCCACACUUGUCUGGUCUGUUGUAACUUCAGUUCAAGGCCGUGUUCCUCUUGCCAGUGAGGGUUUGAGUUUAGUCUUGAGUGCCUACAAUGGUGAAGAUAUUCUUGUAUCUUUUGGAGGAUAUAACGGGCGUUACAGCAAUGAAGUCAAUGUUCUUAAACCGAGCCACAAAUCUACAUUGCAAUCAAAAAUAGCAGAGACCCCUGUGCCGGACAGUGUUUCUGCUAUCCAUAAUGUUACGAACCCCAUCAGAGAUGUGGAGUCUGAGUUUGAAGUGGGGCAAGAAGGCAAAAUCAGGGAAAUUGUUAUGGAUAACGUUGACCUAGAGUCCAGGGUAUGGCAAAUUGCAAAAUGGGUUCCUUUCCUUUGCUAUAUUGUCUUUUCGGGCACCCUUAAUAUUUUGAAUUCCAUGCAGAAAUCUAGAGGUGAGGGAACUAGUGAGCAUCUUCUAGCAACUUUAAAGGCUGAGAGAGAAGAACUGGAUUUUUCACUUAGCAAGGAGAAGUUGCAGACUCUACAGUUGAACCAAGAUUUAGCUGACGCUGAGGCUCGUAACACUGACCUUUACAAGGAGCUCCAAUCUGUACGUGGUCAACUUGCUGCUGAGCAGUCAAGAUGUUUCAAACUAGAGGUUGACGUUGCAGAACUACGACAAAAGCUUCAAACAAUGGAGACUCUGCAAAAAGAGCUUGAACUACUGCAACGACAAAAGGCUGCCUCUGAACAUGCCUUAAAUGCUAAUCAUAGGCAGGGCUCAGGUGGUGUGUGGGGUUGGCUUGCUGGAACCCCUGGCGGUCAAAAGGGAGACGAGGCCUAA